GCCGUGAUAAAGAGAAAGUUAUGUGCACAAAAAAGUAUCUCAAGGCUGUGGGAAUGCUAAGAGAUUUCAAGAACUCCUCUCAGGAUCCAGACUUCACACAGGUUGUUGAGUUGGAUCUCCAUACUGUCGUGCCUUGCUGCAGUGGACCAAAAAGACCUCAGGACAAGGUUGCUGUGUCAGAUAUGAAGAAGGACUUUGAGACUUGCCUGGGAGCCAAGCAAGGAUUUAAGGGAUUCCAAAUUGCUCCAGACCGACACAACAGCAUAGUCAAAUUUAACUUUGAGGGCUGUGACUUUGAGCUUGCUCAUGGUUCAGUAGUGAUUGCUGCCAUUACAAGCUGUACAAACACCAGUAACCCUUCAGUUAUGCUGGGAGCAGGAUUGCUUGCUAAAAAAGCUGUUGAAGCUGGUUUGACAGUGAAGCCAUACAUUAAAACUAGCCUGUCCCCAGGAAGCGGGGUUGUCACCUACUAUCUGAGGGAGAGUGGAGUUAUGAGUUACCUUUCCCAACUAGGGUUUGAUGUGGUUGGUUAUGGCUGUAUGACAUGUAUUGGCAAUAGCGGACCCCUACCAGAGUCUGUUGUUGAGGCCAUUACAGAGGGAGACCUUGUAGCAGUGGGUGUGUUGUCUGGCAAUAGGAAUUUCGAAGGGCGUGUCCAUCCCAACACCCGUGCUAACUACCUAGCCUCCCCACCACUGGUAAUAGCCUAUGCAAUUGCAGGGACUGUCCGGAUCGACUUUGAGAAAGAGCCUUUGGGAACAAAUGCUUCAGGAAAGAAGAUUUUCCUGAAAGAUAUCUGGCCAUCAAGAAAUGAGAUUCAGGCUGUUGAGCGUCAGUUUGUUAUUCCUGGGAUGUUCAAGGAGGUCUAUGAAAAAAUAGAGACAGUAAACGAAUCUUGGAAUGCUUUAGAUGCUCCUUCAGAUAAACUAUAUACUUGGAAUCCCAAGUCAACUUACAUCAAGAAUCCACCUUUCUUUGAUGGUCUGACUUUAGCUCUUCAGACCCCGAAAACAAUAGAAGAUGCUUAUGUCCUGCUGAGUUUUGGGGAUUCUGUGACAACUGACCACAUAUCUCCAGCUGGGAAUAUAGCAAGAAAUAGUCCUGCAGCCCGCUAUUUGACCAGCAGAGGCUUGACUCCUCGAGAGUUCAAUUCUUAUGGCUCUCGUAGAGGGAAUGAUGCUGUCAUGGCCAGAGGAACAUUUGCAAACAUUCGCUUGGUGAACAAAUUUAUUGAUAAGCAAGGACCUCAGACUGUCCAUUUCCCUUCUGGGGAAACUCUGGAUGUGUUUGAUGCUGCUGAAAGAUACAAGCAGGCUGGCCAUCCUCUGAUUGUGCUGGCUGGGAAGGAAUAUGGUGCAGGUAGUUCCAGAGACUGGGCAGCUAAAGGACCAUUCCUCUUGGGUAUUAAAGCUGUGCUUGCUGAAAGCUAUGAGAGAAUUCAUCGAAGCAACCUAGUAGGGAUGGGAGUGAUUCCUCUGCAGUAUUUACCUGGAGAGGAUGCAGGGACUUUAGGACUCACUGGACGAGAGCGCUACACGAUUAUCAUUCCUGAACAGCUAAAACCACAGAUGAAUGUCCAGAUUAAGCUUGAUACUGGGAAAACCUUUCUUGCCAUCAUGAGAUUUGACACUGACGUGGAGCUCACUUAUUUCCACAACGGGGGCAUUCUGAACUACAUGAUCCGUAAAAUGGCAUCGUUAUAAAAAACACGAAGCAAAAACGUCCAGGUACACGCCUGCUUCUGCUGAGCACAAUGAAACUAUCGUAAUCAUAAAUUUGAAAGCACGAACCAUAAAGUAAA